AUGGGAAAUAGCCCAUCCAAAGAUGAUCCCCUACCGACCUCGUCAAAUCAAACCAAUCCAAACUUAAGUGCAGGUGGCGAACUUGAACAGCAAGAAGACUCUUCUGUGCAAGCUGCGCUAUCGCGGCCAAGUGGCUCCUUAUCCGUAACCAAGGGUAAGGAUCCAACUUAUAGCAGCUCGACUUCUGCUAUAAGAAUAGAGAAGAAGACCAGUAUAGCUAAUGCUACUGUAAUCUCUUCCUCCAAAUUGCAAACUAGCAAUAAUACUUACGAUAAUAAUAAUAAUAAUAAUAAUAAUAACAGCAGCCACAAUUUCAAUUCAAGCAAAAACUCACCUAUAAAGAAACAUGACUUAGAUCUUGACAUGGAGAUUGAUGUUUCUAUGGCCAAACUAUUGAGUAAUUCUGCGAUUGGAAGUUCACCCACUGCAGUUUCAAGCAGUUCAGUUUCUUCAUCCCCAGAUUACUUAUAUGCUCGUCCGAAUAGCCUUUUCCCCAACUCGUACAGUUCGUCUGCAGAUUCUGAAAGGUCUAACUUCGUGACUUCCCCUGUUUUCACUUCUUCAAACGAUGACCUGGAACUGUCUUUAUCUUCUUAUUCAUUGCCCUUAGGCGACGAAAAAGAACCCAUUGGUUCUUACGAUUUAUUGUUAGAACCGAUUGUUGAAUGUUCUGCGUCUCCUUCGGUUGAAUCUACCCCAACUCCAGAAUCUUUAAAGGUGCCGAAACCUAAGCUUAAGCUUUCAACCUACAGCUUGAAGUCAACUUCUUCCUCAACUGUUUCCUCUGCCUCUGCUUCACCUCCAUUAUUUAAAAGUAGUAGCAAGAAGAAAGAAGAGAUCGAUCUUGAUUUGAUUAUUGACAGGCUUUUAGAAAUUGGUAUGAAGAAACCGAGUAACUCGUCUUCAUUCAGGAAGAAGCACCAAAAAGAUAAAUUGCCUUUAACUUCAUUGGAAAUCAAGUACAUUUUAUCUAAGUCCAGGUCAAUUUUUUUGGAACAACCAACAUUAUUGAAAUUGUCACCUCCAGUGAAGAUUGUUGGUGACAUUCAUGGCCAAUUCCAUGAUCUCAUCAGAAUUUUCAACUCUUGUGGCUACCCUCCUUACACUAAUUACUUAUUUUUAGGUGAUUACGUUGAUCGUGGUUAUAAAUCAUUAGAGACUAUCUUACUUUUGUUAUGUUACAAGAUUAAAUAUCCAGAAAAUUUUUUCAUGCUUAGAGGUAAUCAUGAAAGUGCUAACAUUACUAAGAUAUAUGGAUUUUACGAUGAAUGUAAAAGAAGGUUACCUUCACUCACCAGUGGUGGUGGUGGUAGUAAUAGAAUGUGGAAAUCUUUCAUCGAUGUUUUCAGUACUUUACCUAUUGCAGCUACAAUCAACGAUAAAGUGUUUUGUAUCCAUGGUGGUUUAUCGCCCGAUUUGGUCGAUUUGAAGCAAAUUGAAAAUAUUAAAAGACCUACCGAUAUUCCUGAUAGAGGAUUAUUGGCCGACUUGUUGUGGUCAGAUCCAGACCCUCUGAUUAAAAAUUUUUCAAUUUCCAAUUGGCCCAAAAAUGACAGAGGUGUUUCUUACUGUUUUGGUAAGAAACAUGUCGAUUACUUUUGUUCCAAGUUUAAAAUUGAUUUAAUUGUUAGAGGACAUAUGGUUGUUGAAGAUGGUUAUGAAUUUUUUAACAAACGAAAAUUAGUAACUAUUUUUUCAGCUCCAAAUUACUGUGGAGAAUUUGAUAAUUUUGGUGCAGUAAUGAGUGUUGAUAAAAAAUUGUGCUGCUCUUUUGAAUUACUCAAACCAUUGAAGUGA